AUGAGCUCAUUCCUGCAAGUCCGGGGCAACGAGAUCGUGCGCGAUGGCAAGCCCAUCAUCCUGAAGGGCGCAUCGCUGGGAGGAUGGAUGUGCAUGGAGAACUUUAUCAAUGGUUUCCCGGGGCACGAGCACCAGUUCAGGGCGAGCAUGAAGAGUGUACUGGGAGAGAAGAAGGCCGACUUCUUCUUUGACAAGUUCCUGGAAUACUGGUUCACCGAGGAGGACGCGAAGCUGUACGCUUCGUUCGGGUUCAACUCGAUUCGGCUUCCCGUCGGCUACAGGCACUUUGAAGACGAUAUGAACCCCCGCGUAAUCAAGGAGAGCGGGUACAAGCAUCUUGACAGAGUCAUCGACCUGUGCGCCAAGUAUGGAAUCUACUCGAUCAUCGACCUGCACACUGCUCCUGGAGGCCAGAGUCAAGGCUGGCACUGCGAUUCGGGCAUUUCGCAUGCAACCUUUUGGGACCACAAAGACUUCCAGGACCGCGCCAUCAACCUUCUGGCCAACAUGGCCGAGAGGUACAAGGACAACACCUGGGUCGCUGGCUACAACCCCCUCAAUGAGCCCGCGGACGAGCACCACACUCGCUUGCUGGACUGGUAUGUUCAAGUGGAGAAGGCGAUGCGGGCUGUAGAUCCGCAUCAUAUCCUCUUCCUCGAUGGCAACACGUACGGAGCCGACUUCCGCCGGUUUUCCGAGGUCAAGCCGCUCCCGAACUGCGUCUACGCCGCUCACGACUACUCAGCGUAUGGCUUCCCCAACCCGCCUGAGAUGUUCAAGGGGACUGCCGAGCAAAAGGCGUACCACGAGAAGAACUACGCUAGGAAGUCAGAGUACAUGCGCGAGAUCAACGGCCCUGUAUGGGUUGGCGAGUUCGGUCCUGUCUACGUCUCGCCGGAAGACGGAUAUUCAAACUGGGAGGAGAUGAACGACGCGCGAUACGAUGUCGCCAAGGACCAGAUCGACAUCUACGCUCGGGACAAGGCGUCUUGGGCCAUCUGGCUAUACAAAGACGUCGGCUUCCAGGGUCUCGUCAACAUCGGCAAAGACACACCAUGGAUGAAGCUCAUCGGUCCCGCCAAUGAGCGCAAGAAGCGCCUCGCAGCGGAUCAGUGGGGAGUCGACGACAAGGAGGUCCGACACCUCUUUGACCCCAUCGUCAAGUGGGUACAGGAGACUGUGCCUGGUUUCAAGUCGCGGUAUCCCCCUACGUGGAGUGCGACGAGGCAUGUUUCAAAGGUCAUCCGGGAACAACUCCUUUCGGAAGAGCUAUUGAAGGAGUUUGUGCUGCUCUUUGAGGGCAAGAGUGAGGCUGAGCUGGAUGAGCUGGCGAAGAGCUUCUUGCUGAACAACUGUGUCCAGCGGGACCGACUCUGCAAGAUCCUGGCGGAUGAUGCUAAGGCAACCUUUUCAGAUUAA